UUCUUUCAAUUCGAAUCGGUGUACAUCAGCGUAGCGUCGACAGCACACCAGAAUCCAUCUCUGUGAGUAGCCAGAUAGAUCGCUUCUUCUUCCGUCCUCUCUCUUUCCCCAUUUGCCUCCCUACCGCUUUUCUGGUUGGUUGCCCAGAGAUCAGAGAUGGUUGAGAAUGAAAAGUCAAACUCCAUGGCGAGUUCAUAUUCAUUGCUGCUGCUGGAGGUGUGGGAGAAAUGGGAUGUGAGGGGAUUGCUGCUGCCGCUGGAGGUGUGGGAGAAAUGGGAGGUGAGGGGAAUGGUUCUUUUUAGUCUCACCUUACAAAUCAUCCUCUCUGUCUUAGGUGGGCGUAGAAAAUACAAAAUUAACUAUUUCUUCAAAGCCAUUCUAUGGUUUGCCUACUCAGGUGCCGAUUGGAUUGCCAUUGCUACUUUGGCCAAACUUUCUGGCUCCCUUGCAGAAUCUACUGCCACCAACAUCUUAAGAGCAUAUUGGGCUCCUUUACUCUUGGUACAUCUUGGUGGCCCUGACACCAUCACAGCUUAUGCUUUUGAAGACAACAACCUUUGGAUUAGGCACCUUGUCAUCCUUCUUGUCAAAGUAAUUCUUGUUAUUUAUGUUGUUUGUCUGUCGUGGACCUUUUGUUGGCUCUCGUUUUUGACUCUCCCUCUCAUCUUAGCUGGAAUUAUCAAGUAUGUAGAGAAGAUAUUGUGUCUCAAGCUGAAUAACUCACAAAAAACAAAACCCAUCAUUUCUAAUAUGUUUAAUCGUCGAGAUCAUUCUAAUCCCGAUAAGUUUCCAGCCCUUGAACGCCUUCGUAGAGAAAACCCAAACAUUUUGACAAGUUAUCUCUUAUUUACAAUUACAAGACCUGAUGUCAAUGAUUACCUCUCCUCCCAAAAUUUUUCCGAUGUUGGAACAAGGUUCAGAACUCAUCUCAGGGAAACUACAGGUAUGGAUGGUAUAAUGGCUCUCUGGGUUGCAAACCAAUAUAUUCCUAAUACUCGUGAUAUAGAUGUUGUUGCAGUAUUUUCUAUUGAACUAGCAUUCAUGUUUGAUGUUGUUUACACCAAAACUAGUUUGAUUUACACCAAGUUAGGAUGCUUCUUGCGCCUCACCAGUUUCACUAGCUCUUUGUUAGUUCUGCUGCUCUUCCUUAUCAACAUCAUUAAUGAGGCAAAUUUACAUGGCUCGAGAAUUGAUAUUACCAUAACUGGCAUCUUAUUGAGUGGAGCUAUUGCACAAGAAUUUUAUGCAGCAUGGGCAAUGCUUUCUUCUGAUUGGGCAGUUCUUGUUGCGGAAUUUCAUCAUAAUGUGUUGGUUCGCAACAUGUUUAAGGUCACAUUAAAGUGCUUCUCUUGCUUAUUGCAUCGAAGUAGAACAACAUCGUCAAAUCAAAUGGGUCAAUUUGAUUUGUUAGAAUAUUGUUGGCGUUACAAGAAAAGGAACGCAAACGAAUCACAUGGCUUUCUAUCGAAGAUCACUAUUGGCAGUGAAAUUGUUGAAAUAUGGCACAAACACUGGUUUACUAAAUUUGUGGAUGUUCCAGAUUUAUUGAAACGGCCCAUCUGUUACUCUGGACUUUUGGAGGGAAUCAUUUCAAAGAACAUAGACAUAACAAGAGGACAACAGGCAUUGCGGAAAUUGCGACCAUUUGAUAAACUAUUUGAUAAACUAAAAUGGAGCAUUGAAAUGGAUUUCGAUCACAGCAUCAUAAUAUGGCAUCUUUCCACAAGUGUUUUCUACUUCCAAGAAGAUCAUCAUGAUGAUGAAGCAAUGAAAAUUAGUAAACAUGUAUCAAAUUACAUGAUGUAUCUACUGGCCAUGUGUCCUGCCUUGCUAUUGUCCGAGCAUAGUAAGAGUUUUUGGCUUGAUCAUGCUUAUGACAACCUCAAAGAACGUUUGCCUCGUGCAACUGAUACUAGCAAUGCUGCUUCCGCAUUACUUUCCAUUCCACAUGAUGUUCAAAACGAGGAGCCUGAACCUAGGGGGAUAAUUUUUCAACAACUAAUGAAAGAGGUGCAGGACCUAGUCGCAUUUUUACGGGACGAAGAUAAUAAAUGGAAGAUAAUGAGGGAUGUCUGGAUGGAAAUGCUUUCCUAUGCAGCAUCUUCAAGUCAGCACAUUAAUCACAUUAAGCAACUAGGAGAAGGCAUUGAAUUCCUCUCACUUAUCUGGCUGUUGGUAAGCCAUGGCAUUAUCCAAACUGCCCGCGGUAAACCUUUGCAUUAUCCAAACUGCCCGCAGUAGACCUUUGCAUUAUCCAUAUUGUCUUUAAAAUGUAGUGUGACCAACAUCUGCAAGCUCGGUUGCCUUAUGUCUCAUGUUCGAAUUACAUACUUUAAUAAGUGACAAUUUAUGUUACUUUCUUAAAUAAAUUUAUAUUUGAUAU